CGGAACUGGCAGGGCCUCAGGUGCCUCCUACAGAGGUUUUAGACCCCGGAGCGGUGAGCUUUCCUGACGUUGUAGCUCCUGACAGGGACAAGGAGCCACCGUAAGCUUCCUGUUAGGACACCAGAGCUAAGGGAGGCGCUUACAAAGAGGGUCGGAGUCACCAAAACAGAAAUCUCCCGGUUUUAGCCCGGGGUGGUGGCGCCCGGCUGUCAUUCUAGCACUUGAGCUGCUGAGUUCAAGUCCAGCUUGAGCUAGUAGUCAACUGUCAGUACAAAGCCAAGCUUGAUAAUAAGACCCAGUCAUAUUUCGAAGAUAAAUAAGUACAUUUAUUUAACUCAGACUCAGUUAAAGUAGUUCAAUGCCUGAAAAGCCACUCUACAGAUCCUGCCAAAGAGGUCUGGAUUUUGUAUAGAACUGUGUGCAACAGCGCCUGCUCUAGUGAGGUGUUGCAUUUUCCUCAUUAGACCAAAACCACGGAUGGAAAGGUGCCCCCCUGCUGGUACUGGUCCGGUCCACGUGCCACUGGGGCAUAUUGUGGCUAAUGAAAAAUGGCGCGGAUCCCAACUGGCUCAGGAGUUGCAAGGAAAAGUUAGACUCAUUUUUGAGGACGGUCUGGCAUCAACAGAUUUUUACCUGUCUAGCAAAUCCUGCAUCCUCUAUAUCACUGAAGCAGAUCUGGUGGCUGGACAUGGCUACAAAAAAAGACUUGCUCGCUUUAGAAAUGUAAGUACCGAAUCAGAGGCGCUAAAAUCUAGCAUCUUCUUGUCUCCCCAUCGCCCCUCUCAUCAACUGUCCCAAGCGCUGAGUGAUAGCUCUCUGAACCUCAAAAAAAGGAGCUAUGUUACCGGAUCUUACUCUUUUCUUUUGAAGUCUGCACAUCUUCAAGGGAUCGUAAUAGUCGAGAAAACCCAGAUGAGUGAACAGUACUUCCCGGCAGCCCAGAAGUUUACUGUGCUAGACCUCGGGAUGGUGCUGCUUCCGGUAGCCAGCCAGUCAGAAGCAUCCUGCCUCAUCUUCCAGUUGGUUCAAGAGCAAACCAGAGAGCCCAGCAAGAACCCUUUCCUCAGGAAAAAGCGCUCCAUGCUCUCUGAGUCCUCCCUUGUUCAAACUGUGCAGCAGAUCCCGGGGGUUGGUAAGGUUAAGGCCCCCCUUCUGCUCCAGAAGUUUCCAAGCAUCCAGCAACUAAGUAAUGCUUCCACCCAAGAACUGGAGGAAGUCGUGGGACGCACAGUAGCACAGCAAAUCCACACCUUCUUCACCCAGCCUAAGCGACAGCAGUCCUGGCACUGACUUUGCUGUCAGACUACAAACUACAGCAUCUGGUUUUCAUAUUUAAAAAGGAAGAAAAGUUCUCUCAGUGGCAAGAGGCUAAAGACAAGGAGAGGACGAUGAGUCUCACAGAAUCACCCUGCCUCAUUGUCUGUCUGGGCAGCAACCGGGUGGGGCUUGGGGGCCUCGGGUGACACUGCCGACUUUGUGCUAAGAUGAAGAGGAUCCCAUAGGGAUCUUCCAGAGACUCAUUCUCAGCAGCAGCCAGCUUGAGCAGAUUUGUACAAAGCACUUUGCCCUGCCUCUGUCACUGAGAGGUCCUGGGACGGUCCAGCACUGAGUAGGGCGUGCCCCUGUUCCCAGUGUCAGGGCCACAGCUCAGGUCUUCUCUGCACAUGUCAGGUACCUGUGCUCUGGAGUUUCUGCCAGUGUCAACAAACGUCUUUCCUACUUCAUAACCCCUUCCUCCCUUCUCAACACAAGAAAACGAUUUUGUUGUUUUGGAGGAUGUAGAAGACAUAUUUAGGAUAAAAUAAAAGCAAAAAAAAAAAAAAAACUAACUCAAACAAUGAA